GGUUAGGGAGGGGCGUGACUCGCUGGAGAGCGAGGGGAACCUGAGCCGGCCGCCCCGCCCUGGGAACCCGACGCCCCAAAGCCUGGGAUUAGGGGAUUGGAGGCUGGCCCCCACGCCCUGAGCAGGUGUGCGGGACUCGACCAGGUGCGCGGCCGCUCCGCCCCAGUCCCCAAGAGCCCUGCGUAAUGGCUGAGAGCCGGGGACCAGGUUGUGGCGGGGGCCGAGGCUGCACUCUGAGGCCUGCCGCGCCACCAGGUGUCUGACUCCCCCAGGACGGUCUGCGGGGGCCCGGGGCGGGGCGGGCGGCAGGUGCAGACACCGGAGCCGCGCUGGGGGAUGGGCCCUCCUGGGACAAUUGGCAUCAGUUGACUCCCUCAAAAUCCUGCGCUGGAGCAGCCGACCUGCGCGGUGCCCUCCGGGACGCAGGGGGCGCUGUCGCCACGCCGCCGUGGGCUCCGCCACGACCCGAUUGACCCAGCGCCGGCCUCCCUGCAAAUUGGUCCGCCAUGGUCGCCGCGUUCGUGCUUCGCGGCCUAUGCCGAGCGCAAGCGGCGUUGCGCUGCGCCCCAGCCGAGCUGCUGUGGGUCCCACGGCGAGGGCAUCGGCUCACGCCGGCGGACGACGAGCUGUAUCAGCGGACGCGCAUCUCCCUGCUGCAGCGCGAGUCCCCGCAGUCCAUGUAUAUCGACAGCUACAGCAGCCGCGGCUUCAUGGUCAAUGGAAAUCGCGUCCUUGGGCCCUGCGCGCUGCUCCCGCACUCGGUGGUGCAGUGGAACGUAGGAACUCACCGGGACAUCAUCGAAGAAAGCUUCUCGCUCUUCUGGUUGCUGGAGCCCCGAAUAGAGAUUGUUGUGGUGGGCACCGGAGACCGGACUGAACGGCUGCAGCCCCAGGUGCUGCAAGCCCUGAAGCAGCGGGGCAUCGCGGUGGAAGUACAGGAUACGCCCAAUGCCUGUGCCACUUUCAACUUCCUGUGUCAUGAAGGCCGAGUAACAGGAGCUGCUCUUAUUCCUCCACCUGGAGGGACUAUGCUCACAUCUUUGGCACAAGCUCCAGAGUGAACCAGCAAGAACUGACCUAACCUGUCCAGGAAGGCCCUGGCACUUUUUCCAGAGCGCAGGGGUUUGCAGCGCUCACUAGCCCUUCCCCCUUUGGCACUGUAACUCUUGUCUUUCUUGCCAGCAAAUUAAUAAUUUAAUCCACUUUUCCAA